ACUCCAUUUAAAUUGAUAGCGGUUGGAAACAAAGAUAUUGUACACGGGUUAAGUGAAAUCCUACAGAUGUUCAGUAUUAUCAUAUGAUGCUCAUUCUGAAUUAUUACUACAUGCACGGGUCUGUAGUAAUAAUAAUAGCUUAUAAUAUGGCGACGGUGAUUGCAGCCAGCUAGCGGUAACAGUGUGGCUAACAUUACCCUCAGCCAAAUCCAACCCGUAGGAUACCUCAGCAAGAGAGGGGUGCUAACUGGCGAGUCAAAACAAUCGAUGUGUACGACAAUAAUUCGUGACAUUGUUUGAUUGAUCGCUAGCAUGUUUCCCCGUUAGCAUUACCAUUAUUGCAAGAAUGAAAAUAAUUUGCUUGGUAGUAAUUAUCAGCAGGCGUAAACGACAGCAGGUAGCUACAUGGUUAUCGUUGUUUCACCAGCUGACAACUUACCGUAGACAAUGUUGCUAUGAUCUGUCAAGCUAGCUAAUGCUAGCUGCCUAGAACUACCAGUAUGGAACUGUUGAAACGUGCCAUCAAAGCAGCUGUUUUCGCAUAUGAACAGUUAGCACAAGAUCCACAGCAAUGUAGCAGACACCUGCAUUUGCUUGACUGUAUAAUUUUGACAGCUCGCACACCUGUUUUGGAUGGCGGGCAUAGCUAAUCGUCGAUUAAAUAGAACCAGUUACCUAUCUCGCACAGAAAGCCGAAUCAUUUUAGCGACUCUAGCUGAGAACACUUAUCAUCCAGCGGGUUCUGAGUAAUGUCCUGAUGAAUCUGGGAAAAACAGCAAUAAGAGGAAAUGGGGGACUCCGAAAUAAGAUUGUGCGAGGACGAUUCCGUAAAGCUGUGCUAAUACUAUAUAUGUACACGCCAGAAUGUUGGUCAGAAAUCGAUCAGAAAUGCCAGUUUGUUUAGCCGAGAUCUGGAGCAUACGAUGGCCGGUGCAGUGUUAAAAUGAUAUAAAACGGAUUGACUGAAUAUGAGUGAUGACAAACCCUUCGUAUGCACUGCUCCUGGGUGUGGUCAGCGGUUCACCAAUGAAGACCAUUUGGCCGUCCAUAAACACAAACAUGAGAUGACACUAAAGUUUGGUCCAGCUCGGAAUGACAGUGUCAUUGUUGCUGACCAAACACCAACACCCACUCGCUUUUUGAAGAACUGUGAAGAAGUGGGACUGUUUAAUGAACUUGCUAGUCCUUUUGAACAUGACUUCAAAAAAGCAACAGAAGAGGACAUCAAAAAGCUCCCCUUGGACUUGUCCCCACUUGCUACGCCAGUCAUCAGAAGUAAAAUUGAGGAGCCCUGCGCUGCAGUCUCCCAGCGGGACAGUCCCCUGCCGCACCCCGAGUCCACCACCAGUGAUGACAGGGACGUUUCUCUGCAGCCCUCGUCCCAGCCGGCUUCCACCAUCAUCCGCCCCGCGUCUCUGCAGGUGCCCAGCGUCCUGCUGGCGGGUCCAGACGCCAGCCUGGUGGUCCAGCCCACCCUGCCCUCGCCAACCUCCAGCUCUGUCAUUACACAGGUCCCAUCCGCCAACAGACCCAUAGUCCCCGUGUCUGGAACCUUCCCCGUGCUUCUGCAGCUUCCCAAUGGACAGACGAUGCCUGUCGCUAUCCCAGCAUCCAUUGCAAACCCAAGUGUGCAUAUUCCCACUACCAUGCCUCAGCUGGUCAGACCUGUCACCGUAGUGCCUAACGUCCCAGGAAUCCCAGGCCCCUCAUCACCACAACCCAUCCAAUCAGAGGCCAAAUUGAGGCUGAAAGCGGCUCUGACUCAGCAGCACGCUCAGGUACCUAAUGGAGAGGCGGGAGAUGCCCAGACCAGUGCUGUCACUCAUACUAAUACUCCACCCCCUGCCCCAGCUGAGGAGCCCUGUCCACAGUCUCUGCAGCAGCCUGCCACCUCUACCACAGAGACACCUGUGAGUGCCUCCCCGGCGCCCCCCGCCCAGCACACCCCCAGCACGGGGGGGCGGCGACGCAGGGCCAUGAGCGAGGACCCCGACGAGAAACGGCGCAAGUUCCUGGAGCGGAACCGCGCGGCCGCCUCCCGCUGCAGGCAGAAGAGGAAAGUGUGGGUCCAGUCCCUGGAGAAGAAGGCCGAGGACCUCAACUCCCUCAACGGGCAGCUACAGAGUGAAGUCACCCUGCUGAGAAACGAGGUGGCUCAGCUCAAACAGCUCCUCCUGGCUCAUAAAGACUGCCCUGUGACCGCCAUGCAGAAGAAAUCUGCCUAUCACAACGCCGAGGAUGACAGCGAGGUGAUGUCGGUCCCCGGAAGCCCCCAGGCCGAGGCCAUCCAGCACAGCUCCGUAAGCACCUCCAACGGGGUCAGCUCCUCCUCCGCGACCCCGGCCGGCCCCGCCCCCGGCCCCGCCCCCGCCCCCGCCCCCCAAGCGGACCAGAGCACGGAGGAGAGCCGACCGCCGGCGGGGGGCGACGCGCCCGCCCAAACCCAGCCGUCGGGAAGCUGAUCGGACGAGCCGCCGCGUUCUUCACACGACCGCUGGGGGCGGUGCCGGAGGACCUGUCACUCAUGCCCGUGUCAGAGACUGCUGUAUUUAUCUUUCCUGUUGAUUUUCUGUUUAAUUUAAUUUAUUUUUUUAAGGUGUUAUUGUUUUAUUUAUGUUACUUAAAUGCCAAAUCCGUCUUAUUUAAAAGGAAUGGACACUCGGGACGACGUGAAAUCCGGACCGAUUUCUCAUUUCUGUUUCCCGUGGUUUGCCGUUUACCGUUGAUUGUAUUUAUUCGAUUAUUUAAAUAAUUCCAUGCGCUUGAUUUGUGGAAGCUUUUGAGCACCGUAAAUGUUUUGCGUGUCACUUUCCAGCGGACGAGGCGGUGAUUUGUUAAUGGGACAUUCCUACCAAAGUGUGUCCGCGAGCUCAUUGGCUCAUUCACUUUAUGAUUUUCCGUCGGUUUGAAGCACUAUCAGGAGGCGUGAGGAGAAGACGUCACUUUCGUUUCGUUGCCUUCUUUCAUUUUGCACAUGAGGAAGAGAGGUUUUAAAUAUGUUUUUUUUUUUUUACAGAUUUUGGCUGUAUAGCAGUUUGAAGUCCUGGCUUUUAGAAUAGGUUUUGAUACUUGUCUUGUUACUGAACCCCCAUCAAUUUAAACUGAAAUGGGGGGGCAGGCAGGAUAUUUUGUGUGCGUGAGUAGUGUGGCUGCCUUCGCAGUGGCGCGGUGUCGUUUGAAUGUCGCCGGUUGCCUCCACUUGUAAAAUAGUCUGAAAGGAGCAGCUUGGAUUAGAAACGUGUGUUUUAAGAGCAUUGCGUCGACUAACAUUCCCUGUGUAGUCUGAUUGUCACAGAUGCGCUGAUUGUAGGGUUGCAGUAAUUCUUUUCUCAACGUUUAGACAUCUCCUCGAUGUUGACUUUACUAAAUGUGCCAUUAAUAUUUAUUAUUAAACGACUAAGACUUUAUUUUGACUUGUAAUGCUUAGACAGCCGUGUCCAUUCAGUGUUGCAGUCGUGAAGGUGUCCUUUGUACAUAAUGAAUUCAUUUGAAUAUCAAAUAUGUUUUAUUUACAUUUGCUAUAUCAUUUCUGCUUACUCACAACUUUUGGGUUUGGCAGUUGGUGCAAUGAAAAUUGUACUUUAUUUAAUUUACUUUUUUAAGUGUGACAUUUUAGGAAACAUUGUAAAUGGCAUUAUUGAUGAUACAUUUUGUUAGAGCCUUCCAGAGAAUAUGCACAUUGUUUUUAAUAGGAUCGUUUUAUUGCUGUACAAGUCCCACAAAUAAGCUGUGUAUAUAUGUGUGUGUGUGUGUGUGUAUAUGUAUAUGUGUGUAUACACACACACACACACACACACAUGCACACACACACACUCAUAAAAAAUCUAACCUUAACGUGAGAACUCCACAUCCUAGAAACCAAGCAGAAUACAUGAUUGCGUAUUUUAUAUCAAUAAUCAGAAUAAGAUCUCAUGCUGCUCAGUAAAUUUAAAAAAUGUAUAAUGUAUUUAUCAGUUAAUGCAAUUACUGACAAUAGCCAGAAUUAAUUGUAGGUUACAGAUCACUACAUCAUUAUUUUAAAUCCAUUAAAAUGUAUUUGCUUACUACUGUGUAGUUCUAUGAGACAUUGCAGCAUUAUUUUAAUCUUCUACUGAAAAUUCUCACAUUUAAGGUCGUUUGUACUUUCAUUGUUUUGUGCUUUUUGCAUGUGUAAAUUCUCUGAGAGAAUUAGACCAAUAUUUAAAUAAUGUCUCAGUUAAAGAAGUAAAAUUGAACAUGUUGUACGACCUUGGAUUGUGGCCAGGUGAUCCAAGCUUCAUCACUGGUCUUGUAAGUAGUUAAUCCUGGUUAACUGCAUUAAAAGGGUGUGAUACUGUUGUGUUGGCAGUAAACUUGUAACUUGUGAAAGUUCUGUAUAAAAUAUAAAAUGUUGGAAUAAAUCUUUUAAUAUCUCUUUAAAGUC